ACCAGUUUUACACUGAACGCGGUUACGACCACACUAUUCCGGUAUUACCGCCGCCGCACACCUUUUAUUCUCCGUGUGUACCGUAUAACCAUCAAUUUUUGCACGCGCGUUCAACAAUCGUGUAAAGUUUUUCAGGUUCGUUCGGUCGUAAAAACGUUCCGUGUUAUAUUACGAAAAAUAUAAAACCACCGCCGCCGGCAGCCGAGUCGUCGAACGCCACCGCACACACACACACGCAACGGUUUUCGGUAUCUGUCGGAAGCGCGCGCGUUAACCGCUGACGCCGCCGCCGCCGCUCGUCGGGUGACACACCGCACACACGAACGCAUCAACUCACGGACGCGCGUCAGCUACGUCGUGUGCCCACGUCCGGAUUUCUUCAACGUAAUCAGAUAAUAAUACAUUAAAAUGGCUGAUCAACUAACUGAAGAACAAAUUGCUGAAUUCAAAGAAGCGUUCUCGCUCUUUGACAAGGAUGGUGAUGGUACCAUUACCACCAAAGAACUGGGAACCGUCAUGAGGUCUCUUGGCCAAAACCCGACUGAAGCUGAACUCCAAGACAUGAUCAAUGAAGUUGAUGCUGAUGGAAACGGUACGAUAGACUUCCCAGAGUUCUUGACCAUGAUGGCCCGUAAAAUGAAAGACACCGACAGCGAGGAAGAAAUCAGAGAGGCUUUCCGUGUCUUUGACAAGGACGGAAACGGUUUCAUCAGUGCAGCUGAACUGCGUCAUGUAAUGACAAACCUUGGUGAGAAGCUCACCGACGAAGAGGUAGAUGAGAUGAUCAGGGAGGCUGACAUUGACGGUGAUGGUCAAGUCAACUAUGAAGAGUUCGUGACCAUGAUGACUUCUAAGUGAAAUGUGUUUCAUUAUUAAUAACUAUUAUUAUUAUUAUUAUGUAAUUUUUUUAUCAUAUAUAUAAUUUUUUCAAAAAAAAAAAAAAUUAACCUGCAUUUUUUUUUUUUUUUUGUUCAAGUAAGCUUUAAAAAUGUUUAUGUGAUUGAUCGAAAUGUAAAAAGGUUUAUAAUCUUUUUACCACAUUUUAAACUUUGUGAACAUUUUUUUUUUGUGUUAAAACCGUUAUACUAUUGCCUUCUAAGGUAUAAUAUGUUUUCAUUUUUUUUUUCGUAAUCGAAUCAGUUUUUAUUUGGCGGGUAACCUGCCAUGUAAAUUUUGUAAAAAAAAAAAAUUAACAAAAAGAAUGAAGAAAAAUAAUAAUCCAGCAUUCACAUAUGUCUUUUCUUUUUUUAUUAUUAAAAUUCUUUUAAAUUUUUUUGGCCAUCCAGUUUUGUCUUAUAACAUUACAUUAUUAUACAUAAAAUUAUGGUAAUAUGACAAAAAAAAAUUAUCUUAAUUAUGGAAAAUUAUAUUAAAAAUAUAUUAUAAAUAAUUUGUUUUACACUUAAAACAUAAUUUUAAAAUCUUGUAAUUUUUACGAUUAAUUAUAAUCUCCAGUGUUUUUAGUAAUUUAUUAUUAUUAUUAUAUUAUUAUUAUCAUUAUGAUUAUUAUUAUUAUUAUUAUAUAAUUAUUAAAUAUUAGGGACGUUUUCACAUUCCUCAUUCAGACCCAUAAAGUAAUAUAAAAGUACAUACAUUAAUAUAUAUAUAUAUAUAAAUAAACUCAAGUACCAACCAAUUACAUUUUUACAAUUUCGGUAUGAUAAUAAUUAUUAGCCUAUUGCAGUAAAUUGUAAUUUUUUUUUUUAUUUAUAAUUAUUAUUUUUAAAGUAUAUAUAUAUAUUAAAGACACACAUUAAACGUUUUAUUUGUUCACUUGUAAAAAACCUGCAAAACCAUUUUUUUUUUUAUUUAUUUAUUUAAUCCUUAUUUAUUGUCUAUGAUAGAAACUGGUUUAAAACUUUUUGUGCACGUUAAUCAUAAACAAACACACCAUACACGUUAAUAUUUAUUUUUUUAAAUGUUAAAAAAAUGUAUGAAAUACAACACACACUUUUAACAUAUGUAUUUACAUCAUUAGUUAAGUAUAUGAUAACUACUAUGCCAUUAUUUAGGGGGAAAGGGGCGAAUUAUAUUUUGCCAUAAACACAUUAGAAAAUAAUUCUGUAAUUGUCGUUAAGAAAAUAAAAAUAAAAUGUGAAGAAAAGCAAUUCGACUUUGGUAUGGAUAUAUAUAUAUAGAUAUAAUAAUACUUUUUUUUGUUCUCGUGUAUACACUUAUGUUUUCACUAUACUAUAGCUAGUAUAAGCUAUCGUCGCUUACAUAAACAUUGGUGGACACCUCGUGAAACAGGUUUUUAAUUAGAUUAAGAAUAUUUGUUUCUUUUUAUACUUAAAUUUUUAAUACCCACUGGUGUUCGCCGACGAAGUACUGUUCGGGUAUUCGCUAUAAAAACAAAUGGAUAAUAUAUAUUAUACUAAUAAACAAAAAAAUUAAUCACCAUUAUAAGCUUUUUCUGCAAAAACUCACAAUACAGCUCAGUAUUAUAAACGAGGCGCCUAGAAUUUUAGGGGUAUGAGUGAUAUUUUAUUGAGUUCGAGAAAAUCAAGCUCAAAAUUUACAUUUAUAUGGCGGUUAGGUGAUAUGCUACCAGACCUCGGCAAACUGUGAUGAAUUAUUCACUUGUAUAUCUUUUACCACCAAAUAAAAUGGACAAUUUGUAGUUAAGCUGUCGACAUAACUCAGAUUUUGUAAAAAUGUCACUUAUACCCCUCGUGUUCUAGGAGGCGCCUCAAUUUAAAAAAAUGUGUACGUUGUUAUACGGCGAGCAUUACGGUACAGAAACAUUUCUUCUUCUAUUUGUUUUUAGGUUAAUUUAUAAGUUGUUUUCUGUUCUACUAGAUUUAAACUAAUAAUAUGGUCGAUAACCGCAGUUGUCCUACUUUUUGUCUAAUAAACACGUUUUAUCAUUGUUUA